UCGAGCCGGCGGCGUCUCCCUUCUCUCCCCUCAGUCCCGCGCGGCGGCCGUGGAGGCAGCAGCGAGCUCGGGAGCGGCGCUGCCUCUGCCUCCUCCUCCUCAUCUUCCUCCUCGCUCUCCCCUCCGGGGCACGAUGCAGUUUAUGUUGCUUUUUAGUCGCCAGGGGAAACUGAGACUCCAGAAGUGGUAUGUCCCACUAUCUGACAAAGAAAAGAAGAAAAUCACAAGGGAACUUGUUCAAACAGUAUUAGCCCGCAAACCGAAAAUGUGCAGCUUCCUGGAAUGGAGAGACCUGAAGAUUGUCUACAAAAGAUAUGCAAGCCUCUAUUUCUGCUGUGCCAUUGAAGAUCAGGACAAUGAACUAAUAACUCUGGAAAUAAUUCAUCGUUAUGUAGAACUUCUUGACAAGUAUUUUGGCAGUGUAUGUGAACUUGAUAUCAUCUUCAAUUUUGAAAAAGCCUAUUUUAUUCUGGAUGAGUUCCUCUUGGGAGGGGAGGUCCAGGAGACUUCCAAGAAAAAUGUUCUCAAAGCCAUUGAACAGGCAGAUCUUCUACAGGAGAAGCUAGACUCUCUUCUUUGAGACUCACUCAGGUAUAGUUCUUUAGAUUCUAUAGACCUUCUUUUCUUUUCUGCUAUAGGUUGCUUACUCUGGCACGUUUCUAACUUUAAAGUUGACAAAGCAGUAAUAGUAUUGCCACAGAAACAUUUGGGUUUUCACCUUGAAUGCUUUUGUACGUUAUGAACUUGGAAGAAAUAUAGAUUGCAUUUUUUCCUACUUUUUCUUUCAAAACUAUUUAAUGGGGAGGAGUUCAUUGACACAGAAAAUAACGUUUCCCUCUUGUUUCUCCAUCUUGUACUUUCCUUUAUAAUUAAUUGCUAUAACUUUGAGGUCAGCAUUAAUGCCUUGAAUGUCUAAAUGAAAUUCAUGAAAUUCUAGUAGGCUGAAGAAAUUAUCAGUCUUUGUGAGAGUCAGUGAAACAUGGUUUAGCAGAGAUGAUGAAUCAUAUUUUAAACAUAACCAAAAGAUACUAUAUAAAUGUUAGCUGCUUUAUUAUUACAGUUAAUAUGAACCUUCCAUUUGUUAACUUGCCCAGUCAGUUUAUUGCUUAAUUCUCAUGUGAACAUUCUGUUUUCAGCUUGUUGAAUGUUGUAUUAUUAGGAUGCGGAAACACAAAGUUCUUUAUCAUUGUAGUUGUAUCUGUAAUCCUUUCAGAGUACAGACAAAACCAGAACAUGUUGAAGUUCUCAUCUGUCAGCAGUUAGAUGCUAUUAUGAAUAGGGCCAGCAUUACACAGAUCUGUUAGCAUCUUUUUUCUAGGAAGGAAAUACUUGCACAGACAUACAACUUGUGUUCUAAAGAAGUUUCAGCUGGACCUUUUUUAACACUUAGAAGGAAUUAUUUUAACUGGAAGUCUUGUUUCAGAUUACAAAGAGGGGGGAAAAAACCCAUCAAUUUUACCUUAAAAUCUUUUGCUGUUCUUCAUAUAAAAUCAGAUAUAAUAGGUUAGUUACCUAUUCCAGUCUGUCUCCUGCAAAUGCAGAGUUAAUUACAUAUAAAUUGAAGUUACUGUAUUUUCUUAAACUUCAAAGCCCGUAAGAGUCUUUUCACCAUUUUCUUAGGGCUCUUCUAAAGCAAAAACUAGGAAUUAAUUACUGAGCUUGUCCAAGCAAUUAGCAUUCUCUUUUUAGACUUAUAUAACAUAAUUUCAAGUUAAUAGUGUGCACUCAAAAGGAUGUAUCACUUUUUCAACUGGAGACUUUUCCCUAAUGCUGUGAUAGCAUUACCUUGGUCCCCUUUACUCCUGAGACUCUUUACUCUUCUCCCUCUCUGAGAUUUUCUUUGUUCUAUCAAGGUUUAUUAACUAUUUUCUGAAUAAAUUGGAAUUCAGCAGUUGAUCGUGGCUCCACUGUAUUCUUAUGUUUGGUGUUUAUAAGCUAAUUGAUUUUUCAUCUUAGUAGAAUUACGCUGGCUGUCAGUCAAGUAUGAAACUACUCCAUAUAUAUGCUUUUUAGUUUAUAAGAACUGUAAAGGUCUGAGUUUAUAUUUAAAUUGAGCUUCCAAUAGGGUUAGACUUCUUUUGUGGAUGACUUUUUUGUAUUAACUGCUACUAUGUGCAUGCUGAGUCUAAAGGAGAAGGUUGUUAAAAUAAUAGUUUGCCACAACUGGAGACUCUUUGUAUUUCUGUUUAAUUUUGCUUCUCAGAAUACCUCAAAGCUACUGGAAUGAAAUGUGUUUUGAUUCCAAAUGCAGGCCUUUUCUUGCAGGGCUAUGGUGUGUUUGUUUUUGACCAUGUCACAUUGUAAUUAUGUGCAACAAAAGGACUUUUAUUUGGACCUGAGAUCUCGUAUUGCCUAAUUUAAAAAUUAUUAAUCAGUCUUGAAUACGCAGCAUUAUUAAUUAGUAGUUAUGCAUGUAUUAAUGUAUGAAGCACCUUACAGAUCAAAAGCUGAACAGAAUAUUUACACAAAGGAAAAUCAUUACAAAUACAUUAAGUGCCUGUUUGAGUAACGUUAAAAGGAAAUGCAGAGGCAUAAAUUGCUGAAUGGGGAAUCAGUUCUGAAUAGGCUUGCAUACUUGAAUUCUUGUGGCCUUUUUCCAGGAUGUGCUUCUGUUUCUGAGCACCUGCUUCAAGGUAUCAUUAAUUUUCUUGGUGCUGUGCAGUCCACUUAAUGCUAGAGUGCACAUGACUGAAACAUGCUAACUUUUUAAGCCUUCUUCCCCUUCAGUUUCUUGUUAGCUCUUAGUAUUGCAAUCAGUUCGGGUACUUGUUCCCUGCCUCCUUUUCAUUAGUGCCUGCUAUAACUUAUCAGUAUUCAGUUGUUAAUACUGACAACGUUACCCUGUGAGUGAUAGUAAAAACUAUUCCAGUGUUUGCAUGCUUCAUUGGAAAUCUGUCGCUAGGAAUACAUCUUUUGAAAACACUGCUGUUGUGUGUCUUGUUUGAUAAUUGUUCUUUUGCUAUAGAAAUUUUAAAUGCUUAACUGGGGAUUACAGAGACAAGUGGUUCUGAAAAGGUGGUAUUUCAUGAAGUCAACUCAAUUAUGCCAGGAGAAGAGUAUUUGCACAUGGAAUAUAUCUGCGUGUGAAAUGUAUACCUGUGUUCUUUGGAAGAGCUAAAACAUGUAUGAUUUCAUGGUAUUUAAAAUCUUUAAUGCAUGAAACUCAACACAGUCCUUUUACGGAGUGGAUCCAUUUUUUUUUCCUCUUAAAAAAUUUAUUUGCUGUAUUUACUUGGACCAUCAAAUAAAACUAAAAUGGUGCUUGGAACUGUGCUAAAACAGUAAUAUUCUAAUAUAUAAACCAGGCAAUUAUAUUUGAAAUCGAACUUGCACAAAAUUGCUGAUCUUCAUUUGAACUAGGUGCAAGUUCCUAAACAUCAGUGAAAAUUCUUUUGGGUAUUUUUUGUAUGUAAUUUUUGAUUAUUUCAGAAUUCUCAUUUUUUUUUCCACCAUUAUUCUUUUGAUAUGCUUUCAGUAGUCGAUUGCAGAAUAUCUAAAAUAUUUUUUAAAACAGAUUUUUGUUUUGAAGAUCUCGAUGAAAAUGUGCAACUAUUCACAAGUCACACUUUUUCAUCACUGCUUUACUAACAGUUGAAAAUGUAGAAGCUGUGUGAAUGUUUUAGCUAGGCUCUUGCAGUUUGCCUGUAUCUGCUAGUCCUUCCACAUGAAGAAUAAUAGCUACACUAUGAAUCAGCCUCGCUUUGCUGUUUUAAGCCCUCACCUCAUCCUGUAUACAGAAUGGUGCUUAGUCUGUUAGUAACAGCUGAAUUGUGGAAGAUGCUUAGACCUACUAUGUCGAUUUCAGUAUUAGAAUGGGCAUCUUUGACAUUGAGAAUUUGGUCACAAAAAUGUUCUUCUUGGGGAUGAAAUGUGCUAAUUGGAAACUCUAGGCUUAAAGGUGGUACAAGGUGUAUUAGAUUGUUCUUGGAACGUGAAAAAAUGUAGGAAUGUUAGCAUUAGCACUGACAAGUCCACAGUGGGUGGGAGCGUAAGGCUUUUUUGGUCUGGUUUGGGAAUCAAAGCACCUGUUUCUUAUGAUUCUUCUGAGAAACUUACGAUAAUCAAUGUUACUAAUUUAGUCUUGACUUAAUAUUAGCUCUUAAGUAUUAACUAUUGAAAGAGACUUCCUUCAUAAGUUGGCAGUGAUGUUCUGUGCUUUUGCGAUACCUGUGUGCCUCUAAGCAUGAAACGAGUAUGUAACAAAACCUUUAUUACAGUGGAAAUCUGUCUGCUCUAAUUAUGGAAUAUUCUUCAUGUGCAACUUCUGACUCGGUUCUAAGUAGACGACUUGGUCAGCUUAAGACUGCAGUUCUUAGAACACGUGUGCUUGAUUUUAUAAAUAGAUAAUGGUCUCUAAUUUCAUCUUUGAAGAUGUUUGUAGGGACCUGUAUGGCAGGUACUGUGAUUGAGAAAAGGUAUGCUGUUAGUUGAUGACGUAAGGAUUGGGAAAUACUCAAAGUCUGUGUUGAUUGGGAAUCUUUGUCAGCUCUUGGCAGAAGUUGUGGUUGUAUUUUGGUAGCUUUGCUAAAAUGCAAUUAAGGUUUCAGUCCCAGAAGAAUGUUGGAUGUAUGGCAGGGCAGAGUUAGUCAUGUGGUGAGGUUGCUUGAUGUUUUGGCUUACGUAUGAAGUGUGUGCCUUGUCUGCUUCUGUAAAAGUUCUUGACUCUUCAUAUAUUGAUCAAAAAAGAAGGUGAUUUUGAAUAUGGUGCUGAUUAGAGACAGCACUUAGGAACCUAGAAUGAAACACUUCCCAUUUUCUGUGAUCGGUGUGAGAAAACAUACUUGUUCAUGAGACACGUAAAAUAGAUUGACAAGUGUCUUAGGAAAGUAUGUUAGAAAAGAGUUCUCAUUUGGGAAUGUGCAUGUUUCCUACCUUCUUGAGGUAUUGAGUGUCUUCUUAAUUGUGCUGCUUGAAAUGUAGGUGCUUGUAAAGUAGUAGGUGAAAAAUGCACAUAUGUGGAAAAUGGCCUUUUUUUUUUAAAGAUACUUUGGCCUUGACAGAUUCUUCUUUUUCUUCACAGUCUUGGGAAUAAAAAGUUUGUUUGCUUGUUGUUAAAGACUAGCAUAGCUUGUCACUAAACAUAUUACUCAAAAUCGUAUGUAAAUGGUCAACUGCUUUUUUGUUUACUUUCCCAUGUGGGUUGGACAGAUGUUUACUUCAUUCAGAAAAGUAACUAUUAUAGAACAUCACUGUAGUCAUACAUACAUUACUGUACAUAUAAUAUGCUUCAAAUGGAAAGAACCCAUUUGCACCUUGUCGUAGGAAAACAUGCUUAUCAAUUUGUUCGUGCUAUGGAUUUUUAUUAAUGUCAUGAAAACUAGCCUGCUUUUUAAAUUCAGGAUUCAGAGAAUGCAAAGCAAGAAGAUAAUUAAACACUUUGUAACCUCAGUAUGUGGGACUGCUGAAGUCUGGUAUCUAUGAGUAUGUCAGUUUAAGUUCCAAACUUUGUUACCCUAUCAUCUUUGUGUUUUUUGUUAACUGUUUCACUCUUUGUAGCAUUCCGUUCAAGUAAAAAGUCACUUAAAAUAGUUACAGAACUGCAUUUCUGCUUUCCUAUAAACAUCUGUUUAUUGCUGUCUUGAUUUUAAGCUGGUGACAAACACAGAAACUGCCAGCUGUUUUUGAAGAUGUCUUCGUAGUUUCUGAUACAAGUAAUAUAAAUUCAGCUGGACUUCAGAUGGAAUGAGCUCUAAGAAUAUGCAUAAUCCGAAAUCAUAGGAAUAUAACUUCAGAACAAACCUCUAACUACUAGUUGUUAUUUUAAUAGUAGCAGAAAGAUCUGUAAUCUUUGAUAGCAAAGGUGCUUUCUUACUUAAAAUACAUAGUUUUUAGCUGUCCUCUUGGUGCUGUAGAAUAGGCUUUUCUGCAAAUACUUAACAAAUCAUAGCAUUUUCUUUAAAGCGUUAGGAGUUUGUCCAAAAAAUGAAUAGUAGAGCCCGCAUCUCUUUUUUUUUUCCCAAAUAGGAAUGAGAGGUGGGGAAGCUAACCUCAUUUUUUCAAUCUCCAAUGUCUUCUUGAAAAAGUGGCAUUGAGUAUCCAGGAAGUUGUCAUACAAGGGCUGCUCUGAAACUAAUGCUUCCUAUUUUAUUAUGUUGUCCCAUGAUGUCAGAGGCAGAUGGUGAUAUGGCAGUAGAAGCUGAACCUUCCCACCAAUAUUCUAUUACAUUUUAUUGCUGCAGAUGGUGGCAGAGGGGCAGUCUGUCACAAAUGGCAUCUGACGUGGAAGUACACAUGAAGUAAAGAUAUGGAAUUUAACUCCUCUGUGUAGGGAAAAAAAAUGGCACCCACUGACAUUUGUUGAUG